AUGGCUCCCCCGCGACAGCGAACUGCAGGCGUCCAAGAUGACUCUCGAUCGGAAGCAUCCAAUGGCACUAGAGAGCAAAAAUCAACGACUGCAAAAGGCCGCAAGGUGGCCGGAGCCUCAUUGGCGCUGAGUUCAACCUCUAGUCGUGAGGUCAAGGUCUCUACAGCCGUUGCCAACGUCACCAGUGCCCCCGCCAAUCCAGGCGACCAGCCAGACGAUUUGCCAAAGAUCCAAUGGUCCGAAAUGUCCCUCGAUUUCCUCCACUCCUACCGCCACGCCUACAAACUCUCCUGCCCCAGCGCCUUCUCCAGCGACUAUUCCCGCAUCCUCCUCUCUCAAGGCAUCGGCCUCCGGUCUCCCACCUCCAUCGCCGCCCAACGUGCUAAGCUCCAGCAGCAAAAUGAAGCGAAUGGCACCAACGGCAUCACCGGCCGUUCCCAUCAUCGCAAGCACCACGGACUCGGACCACCGGAAGUAAAAGCCGCCCUGAAUCGCACCAUCGGCCAGGGCCGUGUGAGCAAGACCCAGCUGGCGACAGCCGUCCGCAAGCAUUUCAACAGCGCCGCGCUGGCCGAGCAGGAAGCUAUCGCUCGCUUUCUAUACAAGGUCCGAGAAAAAGGCAGGGGAAGACAGUUCCGGUUAAGGUUCCAGCCUUAG